CCGCAGUCUGUCUUUGUCCUCUCUGCCUGAUGCCCCUUGAUGCGGCCCGCUUAGAUAAGAUCUGACUCAGAUCUAUCGGAGCCGGAUUUACGACGGGCCGGCCGUAUGGAUCUUGGCGGGGAUGUGCCAAUCAUCGCCGAUCAUUGUCAACCCGCAUGCAGCAAUAUUCAAUCAUACAUUCAUUCUCUAUCCGGAAAGAUUGGAUGCAGCGGUGACGGUGAAGAGAUUCGCCAUUGCCAUAGCGUAAAGUGGCGGUCUGGCUUUAUAGAGAUAUAAGAUCAUUCCCGGAUCAACAAGGACUCGGCUUCCCCGUCACUACCUACCUAGAAGAUAAGCAAUCCGGUAGAAUAUCCUGCCCAGCAAACCACCAAAUCUACCUACCUACCUACCUACCUUCCUUGACAGAGCCUUGUCGCCGAACAAACCAAACAGCCAUGGGCUCCCAAGGACAAGAUGUGAUCGAUCUCUUCCGAGGCCACCCAGACCCGAACCUACUGCCCAUGGGCGCCAUGGCUAAGGCGUCCGCCGCGGUCAUGGCGGCGCCCGACGUCCGCGCGCAAGCCAUGCUGUACGGGCCUGACGAAGGCUAUAGGCCGUUGAGGGAGCACGUCGCCAAGUGGCUGACGGGCUUCUAUCAGCCGCGCGACCCCAUCCCGGCCGACCGCAUCUGUAUCACGGGUGGUGCCAGCCAGAACCUGGCGUGCAUCUUGCAGGUCUUCACCGAUCCCGUGUACACGCGCAAUGUCUGGAUGGUGGCGCCCACGUAUUUCCUGGCCUGUCGCAUGAUGGACGAUGCCGGCUUCACGGGUCGCAUGCGAGGCGUCCCGGAGGAUGAGUCGGGCGUGGAUCUGGCCUUCCUGCGGCGGGAGCUGGAGGCAGCUGAAGAGAAGGCGAAGGCCAAGGGGAAUACUGAACCGACUCACAAGCCGUCCCGACCAUGGGGAAAGAUCUAUAAGCACAUCAUCUAUGGCGUGCCCACCUUCUCCAACCCGUCAACCCUGACCAUGUCGCUUUCAGACCGCGUGAAUCUGGUUCGGCUGGCGCGGGAGUUCGACGCUCUGAUCAUAACCGACGACGUGUAUGAUUUCCUGCAAUGGUCGCCCGAUCCGAGCAAAUCUCUCGCGAACCCAGAUAAAGCUGCACUUCCGCGGAUCGUCGACGUGGACCGCUACCUGGAUGGCGGACCGAAAGAUGAGUUCGGCAACGCAGUAAGUAACGGGAGCUUCAGCAAGAUGAUCGGCCCCGGUACGCGAACCGGAUGGGCCGAAGGGACCGAGAAAAUGGCAUUUGGUAUCUCUCAAGCAGGCUCGAGUCGAUCGGGCGGUGCACCCUCUCAUCUCGCCGCCGCAAUCAUCGACCAGCUCUUCCCCACGGGGAUUUUCCCCAAGUUCCUGGAGGAGUCGCUGAAACCGAGCUACGCCAAGCGAUAUCAUCGGCUGAUGGGGGCCAUCCGAUACCACCUGCUCCCCCUGGGUGUCACCCUGCCCUCCACGCCGGAGAUCGCGGGAGGGUAUUUCAUCUGGGUGCAGCUGCCAGCUCCGCUGCGCGCGAGUGAGCUGGCGCCCGUCGCACUGCAGCAGCAACAGGUGAAGGUGGCCACCGGUAAUUUGUUCCAAGUCCAGGGCGAUCCGUCAGCUGGACCGGACGAUUUCAACCGAGGGGUGCGUCUGUGUUUUGCGUGGGAGCACGAGGACCGAUUGGAAGAGGGAGUCCGUCGGCUGGCGUGUGCGGUGCGCAACGCCUUAUAG